GUGAACCUGGAGUCGACAGAAUUUUAAUUUUUUGUCGCCCUCAAAAUUUAAAUAUUUUAUCAGAGUCUUCCAAUUGGUAUGUCGAUGGCACUUUUAAAGUAGCACAUCAUUUAUUUUCACAAGUAUACGUAAUAUUAAGUAAAUACCUCGAUGGUGUUCAUCCCCUUAUUUAUGCUCUUUUACCCGAUAAAAAAAAUCAAACGUAUGAGCGGUUAUUUAAAAUAUUAAUUGAAUUAAAACCCGGGUUAAAACCAAAAUCAAUUGCUUGCGAUUUUGAGCAAGCUGCGAUCAAAGCAAUUAAAAACAAUUUCCCUGAAGUUCAAAUUCACGGAUGUUUAUUUAAUUUGACAAAAAAUUUUAGACUUAAAAUGGGUGACCUGGAAUUAUUUUCGAAGUAUAAAAAUGAUGCAGAAUUUUCAAUUUAUGUUAAAAUGAUUUUGGCUUUAGCUUUUGUUAAAAUUGAUGACAUUUACAAUAGUGUUAACUUAUUAUAUGAUGAACUGCCUGAAGAAAUAUUUCCUCUCUUAGAGUGGUUUGAAGAAAACUACAUCGGUACAGUUGUAAGAAAUCGUCGUCGAAUCCCACUUUUCCCCCCUAUAAUUUGGAACGUUCAUGAUCGCGUACUUAGUAAAGAAGAUCGAACAAAUAAUCACGCUGAAGCGGCAAAUCGUCGGCUUAAUCUACAAAUGGCCGUUGACCACCCGACACUAUGGGCAUCAGUGGCGCCGAAGUUUUAAAAAUGUGGUGGAGCAAUUUCGAAACUUUGAGACCUCAAUAAAUUAAUUAUUUAAUAUAGAAGUACCUAACCCAAUAUAUAUUUACUUGUAAUUACAGUGACGUGGAUUUAAUAUACGCAUGCUCAUAAUAAAGUUAUGAUGUAAAUAAAAUGUGGCCGUCUGGCCACAUUUUUAAAAAAAGAGGUCGGGCCAUGGCCCGACGUUAGCAUGGACUUCGGCGCCACU